AAACAGGCUGUUGCUCUCAGAGUGAACCCCAGCCCAUGGAGGCCCUCGCUUUCCAGUACAUUGAGUUCUUUCAUAGGUACAGAGGCUGCAGUUAAACCCUGUGUUACACUUCUCUAUUGUCUUUAAAGAGGUAUCAGUGUGCAUCAUUGAUGUCACAUUAACCGGAUGCGACCGGGCUUGUGCGUGUUUGAUGGAAACGAGAAGUCGACGACAUCUCGAAUCUCCGAGCCAUUCUCUGCUUUAUUGAUUCGGUUUCCUUUGCUGUGCGUGGUGUCGUCUCAUUUUCAGACUGAGAAAAGAGAGGGAUCAAAGAGAAAAGUGGAAAAUUAGGCAGGGGUAAAGGAGGGGCGGCGGAGAACAGUGGAGUAGAGAAGGAUGGAUGGCGUUUCCAGUGUGGAUGAGCUGGUGGAAGCCUGCAUCAAAGCCUUUGACAAUGAAGGCGUUCUGAAGGAGAGGUUACUUGUACGCAUGUUUCUCACCAUGCAUCCCUGGUAUCUGUCCUCUACUGACCUAGCCAAGAAACUUCUGCAAAAAUCUCAAGAACAGGACUGCUCUGCAAAUCGCCAGUCUCAAAUAUGUCACCUUGUCAAGUACUGGAUAUCCGAGUUCCCAGCUGAAUUUGACCUGAACCCCGAGUUGGCUGAGCAGAUCCGCGGUCUGAAAGAGCGACUGGAGCAGAAUGGAGAUGUGAGGCGUAGUCUGCUCAUCGAUGUAGACAGCAUCCCAUCGUACGAAUGGAGACGACAGCUGACCGAAACUGUGCAGAAGAAACGCAAGACCUCUCUUCUGUUUGACCACCUGGAUGCAUCCACCCUCGCCGAACAUCUCACAUACAUGGAGUACAAAUCCUUUUGCAAAAUUAUUUUCCAGGACUACCACAGUUUCGUGAUGCACGGCUGCACAGUGGACAAUCCCAUUCUGGAGCGUUUCAUAACUCUCUUUAACAGCGUUUCCCAGUGGAUCCAGAUCAUGGUUCUCAGUAAGCCCACAGCUCAACAGAGAGCUACAGUCAUCAGUGAUUUCAUCAAAGUGGCUCAGAAGCUACUGCAGUUGCAGAACUUCAACACCCUGAUGGCAGUAGUAGGUGGACUUAGCAACAGCUCCAUCGCUCGACUAAAGGAUACACAGGCGCUCAUCUGCAGCGAGAUGCGAAAGGUUUUUGAUGGAUUGGUGGAGCUGGUCACCUCAUCCGGAAACUACAGUCGUUACCGUCAGCGUUUCUCGGAAUGCUCGGGAUUUCGUUUUCCCAUUCUUGGUGUGCAUCUAAAGGACCUGAUUGCCGUCCAUGUGGCACUGCCUGAUUGGGCCGACCCGGAGAAAAGCAGGGUCAACCUCACCAAGACUCAUCAAUUGUAUGCCAUCUUGGAGGAGCUGGCGGUCGUUCAGAGCACCCCGCCAAACAUAGAAGCCAAUUCAGACUUGCUGAAUCUGCUGAUAGUGUCUUUGGACCAGUACCAUUCAGAAGAGGAGAUUUAUCAGCUCUCUCUCCAGAGGGAGCCACGAAGCGCAAAAUGUUCAACUUCCAGCUCAACGUCUCAGUCUCCACUUAUAGAACAGUGGGCAUCUUCUGUCAAGCCUAAAGCCGAUCCGGCCAUUAUCAACAAACACAUUGAAAAAAUGGUAGAGUCAGUGUUCCAAAAUUAUGACACCAAUGGCGAUGGCUACAUUUCCCAAGAAGAGUUUGAGACCAUCAGGCGCAAUUUCCCGUACCUCGGCAAGUUCGAUGAAGUGGACCAAAACCGGGAUUGUAAAAUUAGUCGAGAGGAGAUGAUUGAGUACUUCACCAAGGCAACUUCUUUACAGAACUGCAAAAUGGGCUUUGUUCACACAUUUACAGAGGCGAGCAGUGUCAAGCCUUCAUUUUGUCGCCACUGUUCUCGCGUGAUAUGGGGAUUUAACAAACAACGAUACAAAUGCAAAGUGUGCGGGGUGAGCUGUCAUAAAGACUGUCAGAGUCGCUUGGCCAUUGAGUGCCGCAAGCGGACACAGAGCGUCAGCUGUGACAGUAGUGCUUCCUUUAGAGCCACACGCUCCCUCAGCUUCCCGCCUCCUAACAGCGCCCAGGAAGAAGAAGAGUGCCCGGUCAUCAAGGAUGGCUCUCAUGAGAAAGAGGAUGAGGUUUUUGAUGUCCACCUUUGAUGAAGAACAUCCUGGAACAAAUCCAUAAACCCCAGCAGUAAGAAAGCAGCAUUAUACUCCAAAGCCUUGUGUAUAUGUGAGAUCAUUAUUUGGUCUCCCAGUAUGAUUUUUGAUCUAUACAUCUUGAUCUCUUUUUUACUGUGGGAAGAAUCAAAAAAUGAAUUAUAUGGAAAUUUUACUUCUGGAAAAAUCAUACAAUCAUGAUAGUAAUUCUUUUAAAUUGCUCAUAUUAUGAAAUUUUAUCAGGUUGGUCUUGUUUCAUUUCAGGCCAAUACAAGAAAAAAUAGCUGCAUUCAAACACACACCAUAUAUAAAGUAUUUUACUCAAUUAUAAUAUAUAAAUUUAACAAUGUACAGGGCUUUUAUUUAUUUAACAUCCCAAAUGUAAAGAAUUUCUGCAACUGUAUGAUUUCAUAAACCUAUAAUCUUCGUAAUAUUGAUUAUGAUAAGAAGAAGUGAAGGUGAAAUGAAUGACAUGUUGCAGACAGCAUUGUGUCAUCUUUUAUCAUUGCCCACCAACAGAAGGCACUGUUGUCCUAAAUUGAAAAAUUGACUUAAGAUCUUGUGCUGCCUCAAUAGCAUUGUCUUUCCUUUGUAUUUAUAUUAUUAUUAGCAUUAUGCAAAUGAAUGGUUUGUUAUCCUUAAAGAAUUGUGAACUUUAUCGUAAUUUUUUUUGUGUGUGAUAGCAGCGCAGCAGAAAUAGAUAUGUGUACAAUAAUAAAUCUUAUACAUUUCACCAAUA